CAGUCAGCGUCUUCCAUUGUGUAUAUAUAUAUAUAUAUGAAUCCCCUUCGUCGUCCUCACUUCAGCCUUAGCUCUCGGUAUCGCUCUCACAAUCCAAUAGCAUUCCGACCCUCGACCCGACCCCGAGACGGCCGGUGAGCUCGUCGGAGAAUUAAUGGGCAUCUGCAGCUCCUGCGAGUCCACCAGCGUCGUCACCGCGAAGGUCAUAUUGCAAGACGGCCGGCUCAAGGAGUUCCCCUACCCCGUCAAGGUCUCCUACGUCCUCCAGAGGGUGGCCGACCCUGCCAGUUUCAUCUGCAACUCCGACGAGAUGGACUUCGACGACGUAGUCUACCCCGUCGGCAACGACGACGAGCUACUCCCCGGCCAGCUCUACUUUGCCCUCCCACUCAGCCGCCUCAGGCGCCGACUCCAAGCCGAUGAGAUGGCCGCCCUCGCCGUCAAGGCCAGCUCCGCGCUCAUGAAGAGCGGCGGCGAUAAAUGUGGGUGCCGGCGGAAGCAGCAUCCGGUGGCUCAUGGGCUCGGCUCUCCCUGCCAGGACGUGCGGGCAUUGAGGAAGGGGGCGGCCGCGCGAGGCGGCAGCGGUGGGGGAUUGGAUAGGGACGGCAGUCGGCGGGGGAGCAGGGAAAAGUUUACGAUGAUUUUGACUGCGAUACCGGAGUAGGGAGUAGGGGCAGUUUUGGAAAAUGAUAGGAUUCACGGGGUGUAAAUAGUAAUACACCGUUGAUCUCAAUUUUUUUACCAAUGAAUGAAAAUCAAAAUGUAAUUAUUGGGUGAGAAAAAUCUGAGGAAAUUACCCAUCGAGUUCGGCAUUUUAUAUUCUGCUUGUUAUUUCGUCACCCUUUAAGAUUCAUUUCCAAUUUUGCCCUCAAA